UUGUGUGUCCCAGGGCCCCUUCAGUUCCCUCAGAGCCGAUCCGAUCUCGCGACUCGAUGCAGCUCAGGCCUGCCUCCCAGCCUGCCCGUCCGCAGCCCUCGCUGCACUCCAUGUCGCUUCUGCGGGCCCUGCGCGAGCUGAAGCGGGUGGACGACAUCCUGCACGACUGCGCCGCGUUCUGGGCCAACAUGGACGGCACCGUCCAGAAGCUGGCGCAGAUGAAGGAGCACACGGAGCGCCUCGUGGGCUUCGCCUCGAACAGCAAGGCCCUGAAGCAGCGGUUCGACCAGAGGCUGGCUGAGUACGAGAAGUUUUGGGGCGACCUGCAGCGAGGCUGCCAUUUGUAUUAUGUCGAAAACCAGGCGGCUUCGAAGAAGAUGUACCAGUCGGUGCGACAAGUCUCUGAUGCCGCCGACACGCUGGACACGCAGCGAGCGAUACGCAGCAUGGCCAGAUUCUAGCCGGCCGGCCCCACGACCGCCUGACGUCCCCGACGGGCGCGUCGUUGCAGUGUCGUAGGCUUCAGGCUCCAGGACCUUGCCUGCCUGUUGAGAGAGGAUGCGGAGGAUGAGCUUGCUAUUUAGUUUGCCCAGGGCCCUUGCUUAGUAUGUCCUGGAUGGUAACUUUUCCCACGAGCUUGCACAGGGGCAGAGUCCAUCUGCACUCGCCCUGGCAGCGCCAUACCACCGUCGAGCGCGCCGCCGGACAAAGCAGACAGCCAGCUUCCCAUACGCUUCUCCCUGUGCGCUCUCUUUCCACGCUCGCUGCAGCCAGGAUCUGGGCGUCGAUCGGGAGACGUGCA